UUUCAAAAUUUUCAAAAUCAAGUGCUCUGAAUUGCUCUCUCUCUCUCUCUCUCUCUCUCAGUUUCUCUGUGAAAUCCGUAAACAUGGUUGUUGCACAGAAAGUGAAGGAAUCGGAGAUCACCGAGCAGGACUCGCUUCUUCUGACGAGGAAUCUGCUGCGCAUUGCCAUUUUUAACAUUAGUUACAUCAGAGGCCUUUUUCCUGAGAAAUAUUUCAAUGAUAAGUCUGUUCCUGCCUUAGAGAUGAAGAUCAAGAAGCUUACACCAAUGGAUGCAGAGUCUCGCAGACUGAUUGAUUGGAUGGAGAAAGGUGUUUAUGAUGCAUUGCAGAAGAAAUACCUACGGACACUGUUGUUCUGUGUUUGUGAAGGAGUGGAAGGUUCAAUGAUUGAGGAAUAUGCAUUUGCUUUCAGUUACUCUAAUUCUGAAAGCCAAGAGGUUUCAAUGAAGAUCAAUCGCACUGGAAACAAGCAGGGAGGAACAUUUAAGUGCAACUCCUUGACUGAAGUUACUCCCAAUCAGAUGAGGAGUUCUGCUUGCAAAAUGGUCCGUACACUCGUUCAAUUGAUGAGAACUUUGGAUAGAAUGCCAGAAGAGCGGACUAUUUUAAUGAAACUCUUCUACUAUGACGAUGUUACGCCUGUGGAUUACGAGCCUCCAUUCUUCAGAAGCUGCACAGAACAAGAACCUCAUAACCCAUGGACUAAAAAUCCUCUGAAAAUGGAGGUUGGGAAUGUCAACAGCAAACAUUUUGUAUUAGCUCUCAAGGUUAAGAGUGUGCUUGAUCCUUGUGAGGAUGAAAAUGAUGACAUUCAAGACGAUGAUGUGAGCUUGGGAGCUGAUUCUGUAGAAAGGGAUGAGCAUUCUCAAUCUGACAGUGAGGUUAGCCAUUCGCAAGAUAACGAAUACAUAGUCGCGCCAAUAGAUAAGCAACAGAAUUGUGAUGAUAAUGGCAUGGUUGAUGAAGAUGAUACUGAAGACCCAGUGGAAGAUGAACACCAAUUAGGCCGGGUAAAGGACUGGAUCAGUUGUUAUCACCUUGCCACUGUUGAGCUCACUAAUGUUCUCUCAAAUUUCCCUGACAUCUCAAUGGUUUUGAUAGAAGAAAUUAUGGACAAGCUAGUUAAGGAAGGUAUCCUAUCUAAAAGUGGAACCGACAGUUAUACCAUUAACAAGCAAAAGGAAUCAGCCUAUAAAUUCAAUGCUGUAAAAGAAGAAAUGGAUGUCCCAGAUGGGAAGAAAGCUCAUCAGGGUAUGGGCGAAGAUCACAUGUACAUGAAGGCUUUGUAUCAUGCUCUUCCAAUGAACUACAUUACUGCUACAAAGCUUCAGGACAAGCUUGAAGGAGAAGCCAACAAGACUACAGCGCGCAAGCUAAUUGAUAAAAUGACCCGUGAUGGGUUUCUUGAUGCCAAAAGCAACCGGAGGCUAGGCAAACGUGUGAUCCAUUCUGAUCUGACUGAGAAAAAGCUAAUGGAAGUCAAGAAAGUCUUGGACAUUGAUGCCAUGGAUUUGGAUAUUAAUGAAUCACAUAACAAGUCCAACCAUGUUGAAUUUCAGAAAAUCGGGAUCAACAGGGACAUGUCCACCUGUGGGAUGCUCCACUCCAUUGGAUCAGAUCUCACGAGCACGAGAGGCGGAUCUGAGACACAUCAAAAUGGCUCUUUAAGAAGCGAACAGAAUGGUUCAAGGGCAAGGGAUCAAGGAAAUGCACCCACAAGCAGGGCUGAGCCAGCAACAUCAAGAGAGAGUUUUGUACCAGGGAACGAGAAUGGCAGAGCAAAUGGAAAUAGCAAUCACUGUGACGAGUUUGAGACGGUUAUCUGUAGUAGGUCCACCCAGGACAAGCAGUCAAGGAAAGCAAGCACGGUAAAGGAGCCCAUCCUCCAGUACACGAAGCGCCAGAAAUCUCAGGCUCUCUGAAAAUAUUUGAACUACGAUGCUCUCUGGUGACCUUUCGUAACUGUAUCUUGAAUUCAGUUUCCACUAGUACUAGUUGAAUAUCAAGAAACAUUUUCUCUAUUCUUUUCUUUUCCAUUCUAUACUCUUCUCUGGAUUUCAAUUAUAGAAAAUGUUGCAAUCAUGACAACUUACAUUCCUAUCUGAGAAGAUCAUGGAAACAAGUUUAUUUCGAUGGGGCUAUAAUUUUAAGGUAGCCUUUGGAAUAUCCAUAAAUGCAAUUGCAUCAGUUGAUCUAUGUGGUGCCAUUUUUUCCUA